UUAAAAUGGCGGGCAGAUUUGAAGAAACGAAAUAGUAGUAAACAAUCCAUAAAGCCAUGGUUUUGGCGACGUGAUUCAAAAUGAUACUUUUAUGAUUGGCGUUGAGAAGCAAACUACAUUGGAAGAUGGAAAUCUAAGGUUACAUUUGAAAUAUUUAGUGAAGAUAUGAAGCCUUCAACGUCAACUAGUCUAAGAACUCGACCGACAGCACAACAAAGGGAAUUGCUCUCUUUUACGAACGCUGCAGUCCAAGCUCUUACAGAACCAACAACUAAAGACAAUCAAGUAAAAUCAGUUAGUUUGCCAUCGAAAGAAAUCUCAGUUGAUCGUCAAAAUGGAUCGUCCUCCGAGCUGUCUUUCAACACCAGUGGAAAUGAUUCAAGCUCAUUUAGUGAUAAGCGAGCUGUUCUUAAACUUGGUACAGAUUCAAAUUCUUCAUCGAGUGUUACAGGAAACAGGGAUGUAGACAAAAUGGACUUGUCGUCGUUAGAUAGCUCAUUCAAUACAAGUACAGCAGUUAGGGUAAGAGUUCCUUCAAGUUUGCUACGGGAGAUCAAGGCUCCUGUAAAUAGAAGUAUCGAUGGCAGUGGAGGUAAUUCCUUUGCAGACACACAACCAACACCAAAAAUAGUUCGCCAUGUCAAUGGUCCAUCAGCUUGGGUUUCCAUGUCAACCAGUAGUCCACUUCACCUUCCUGAACAUUCAGUAUCAUCACAAAGGGAACCCACCUCUACUACUACAGUAUAUGCGCAUGAGAUCCUACAGGCUAAUGAUGUAGAUAAGGGAUGGAAGCAAUCUCAAAAGCAUAAAUCCCAUUUGCAAUCCAGAGAAGUUGUAAAUGAACAGGUCAGUCAAGAAAAACAAGAGGAGCAAGUGAAAUCCAUUUCUGAUUGGAGGAAGGGUCAUGAUGGUAUUGGUUUAAGCCAAGGUGACCGUGUUACAGGGAUUCUUUUUGGUAAUACUGGAAGAUCAGAUUCAGUUCAAGCAAAGUCAUUUACUUUAAGUCAAAGAGAGAGACUCCUAAAGGAAGAAUUCACGAAAAGACAGGACAGAAAAAGUGCCCCAAUCAAACGCUCAGUUCAGCCAACAAUAAUAACUUCCAAGCAGGCACAAAAACCAGAUAAAGAAGAAUUCAAGAUUGCUGAAGCUCCCUUGGAAAGCCAAGUUGCCAGUGCAGCUGCUAUUGCUGCUGCAGCYGCCUCUGCUGCAACUGCUCCCUUCUUGCAAGUUGAUGCAAGGCUGAGAAAAUUAGAGGAGCUCCAACAGCAGCUCCUGAGUGCACAGGAAUCCCAAAUGAAWAAAAGACCAGUCAAUCCCUACUCUGKUCCUUCCUCUGGUAAUGACCAUGUUAACGUYCAUUAUGGACCCUCUACUGGUGUARCAUCACCUGUAAAUACAAAACCAAAUUAUCCUCAAGUAGUCACAUCGGACUAUCCAAAAUAUUCACUGCCAACUGACAGGCACCCAAGUACUGCUAUACCACAGGCUGCCCAGCCUUCAUUCAUGCAUCAACUAGUACAGGAACAUCCAUUUGUCUCUCCUCCAUCUCAAAGCCAGCAUACUCAACCACAAAGAUCAAUAAAUCAAGAUGUAAACCAGACAAGACAUUUCUUGCAAGCAGGCAUGCAGCAGCAGCAACCUGCUAAAGAUAACGGCUCUCAACAAGCAUUUAAACAUCAAACCACUACACCCUACAAUGGCUAUCCUUCAUCUUCAAAUAAAAUACAGCCAUCAAAGAUGCAGGAAAUGGUAAACUCUCAUCCAACAGCAACACAAACUGAAACCGUCUACACUCAGACUGUCCCACAGACAUAUGUCCCAGCAAAACAGCUACCUCAACAUGAAUUAUCAAGAAAGCCUUUGAAAAACACCAAGACACGGACAACACCCCAGGACUCCUCUUUGUCCUCCAGCGAUUCUCCACUCCAGACCCCACUUCCUCGUAAGAAACCACCAAGACCAACGCCACACUCUACAAGUAAAGGAAUUAAGUAUUUAGACUUAACAUCUAAGAAAAAGAGAGUACAUUUUGAUUAUGCAGACAAGAUUGAUCCUCUGUUGUCAUACAAUCAAUAUGAACCCAUUGAUUACAGUGAGAAAUCAAGAUAUGGAAGAACUGGUCCCACACAACACGUGACUGCUGCAUCUUUAACGGCUCCAUUAAGGUUAGUCAUAUGAUAUUUCUUUGGAAAGAGUUGCAAAUGAGGAUUAAAGUGUUUUUGUGCAUAUAGCUUGCGUAGGAGGUCUUACCACAGCUUGUUUACGGACUGCGUGCCUCCUCGUUGUGACAAAACCUACUCAGACAGAAAAACAAUUUAGGGAAAAUGUUUCCCCACGUUGUGCCCACUCCUUUCCUACAAUGUAGUGUUGCAAAUCGAUGUCUCAAAAUAUUUAUUGGUAACAUUUGGAUUGUUUAAUGUACAAAGAUAUUUAAA